AUGGAUGACCCGGAAAAGGAAGCUCAACAUAUCGAGGCCAUUCCUCCAAGCACCUCGCAGUCUCUAGACAACUCGCUCGACUUUCAGCUUGAAACACUUUCCUAUGGCAAGAGCGGUCUUCCUGGUAUCCUAAGCUCCGGAUAUGUGUUCGCUGCUGCUGGCCUGGCUAGCAUGGGCGGGUUCUCCUUUGGAUAUGACCAAGGCGUCGUCUCGAUUAUCUUGACCAUGCCCCAAUUCCACGACCAGUACCUUGAAACGCGCCCCGGUUCCGCAGGGUACGGCUUCCACGUCGGCUUCAUGACCGGAAUGCUGGAGCUGGGAGCUUUCCUCGGCUGCCUCGUCUUUCCCAAGUUUGCAGACGUCUACUUAAGGAAAUGGGGACUCGUUGCGGCCGUCGUAGUCUUUUGUCUUGGCGCUAUCAUCCAGACAGCUUCUCAGAACUACGGGACCCUCGUGGCCGGACGAACCAUUGGAGGCAUCGGCGUUGGUACACUAGCUAUGGGUGCACCUCUCUACAUUUCAGAGGUGGCACCACCAAAUGUUCGGGGCUCCUUGCUUGUCCUUGAAGCCAUCAGCAUCGUCGUUGGUGCUAUUAUCUCUUACUGGAUUACCUAUGCUACGAAGGAUAUUGCUGGAGAUUGGGCUUUUCGUCUACCCUUCGUGCUGCAAAUGGUACCAGCACUUUGCCUCCUAGCGAUCAUGUUCUUCCCAUAUUCGCCACGCUGGUUAGUCAUGAGGGGGCGCAAUGAUGAUUCGUUAGCAUCUCUAUCGAAACUGCGUCGCCUCCCAGGGUCAGACCACAGAGUGCAAGCAGAAUGGAAGGCAAUCAUUACGGAGGUUAAGUUCCAAGAAGAGAUGACUGCAACAGCGCACCCAAGAGCCACAGGGCUGAAGCUGGAACUUGCGGAGUGGUUUGAUUUGUUCAGACCCAAAUACAUCAGAAGGACUGCAGUGGCACUAGCAAUACCGUUCUUUCAGCAGUUCUCGGGAAUUAACGCGUUCGUUUACUAUGCCCCGACCUUCUUCGCUGCGCUCGGUCAAGACGCGCACAUGUCCUUGAUUCUCUCCGGAAUGGUGAACAUAUGUCAGCUCGUAGCUGCCAUCCCUACGUUCCUCUACCUGGACAGGAUGGGCCGCCGCAAGCUCGCGAUCUUCGGUGGCAUCGCCAUGGGAAUUCCACACACUGUCAUGGCCGGGAUCGUUGGAAAGUUCAACUCAAGCUGGACCACUCACACUGGGGUUGGCUGGUUCGGCGUCGCUUUGAUUUACAUUUACAUAUUAUGCUACGCGGUUUCCUACGGCCCACUGGCAUGGUGCAUGCCUGCUGAGGUUUUUCCAAAUCAUCUCCGCGCGAAGGGCGUCGGGGCUGCUACAGCAACCAUCUGGUUAUCUAACUUUGUCAUUGGUGUGUCCGUACCACCGAUGAUGAUUAGUAUUGGGUAUGGAACUUACAUUUUCUUCGCCUGCUUCUGCUUUGCAGCGGCCGUGUUCUCGUAUUUCCUCGUCCCUGAAACGUCUGGAAUGACGCUUGAGCAGAUGGAUAUAGUGUUCAAGGAUAAUUCGGGCGAGGUGGAGGCGGCUGCGAAGAGACGGAUUGCACGAGAGUUGCAGUUGUAA